GUGUUGCUUUUCCUUUCUCGGUGGAGUUUGCAAGUACGAGCGGGUGGAGAACGGGCGUCCAUUUUGCUUCGCCAUAUUGAAUUUGGUCGGACAUCUUUGGACGCCAUGUUUAGUCGGACAUAUUUUAUAAACAUUUUCGCGUAAAUUUGAAAUAUUUUUGAGCCUAAAUAUCGAACUUUUUUUCACUGAAAACUGUGGCACUAGUUGUGAUAAAUAUCACGUUGGAAAAUUCCGUGCCAACGCAUCUAUCCAUAUUUGUCUCCUGGGGGCCGUGGGUGCUUUUGUUACUGGAUAAAUACAGUGAACAACUAACAAGAUGAUGAACCAGGAGAUAAUGUGUGAAGUGGAGAUAGGCACACAUGGCUCCAUGGUGGAAAUCGAAGGAGACGAUCAGGUGGGAGUUAAGUAUGAAGAGAUAGAAGCCGGUCAGUAUGAGGAGUAUAUCACAGAUGACCAGUAUGAAGAAGUGGAGGAACAGGUCAUUGGCAUGCAGCAUCUCGAAGAAGACUAUUUUAAAAUUUCAGUGGGCAGUGAAGAGGUGAUUCUGCCCGGGAUUUCAGGAGAAGAGGUACUGAAUGCCAGCCCUGAAACACAUUAUGAUCCGUUAUAUCCGGCUCCUGCGACUACUAGUACCAGAAGAGGUCGCGGCAGGCCCCGUUCCAACGCGAAUAACAGCUCAAAUAAUAUACAGCAUUUGAUGCCCAUUGGCGAAGUCCCAGUGAGCUUGAUGGACGGCGUUGCCGGCCGCGGGCCGGCGCGGCGCUGGGAGCAGAAGCAGGUGCAGAUCAAGACCAUGGAGGGGGAGUUCUCUGUCACCAUGUGGGCCACCGGAGAAGAUGAUGGUGUAUUGCUCACAGAUGACGGAUCCAACCCAGAACCGGAUCCGGACUACACGGAGUACAUGACCGGCAAGAAGAGUAUUCUCGGCGCUGAGACUAUGCCUGGAUUAGAUUUAUCAGAUCCCAAGCAGUUGGCGGAAUUCGCGCGACCAGGUCACAAGAUAAGACUAAAGAAACCUAUGCCCGAGUCUUCAGAUAGAACCAUAGCGUGUCCACACAAAGGCUGCACGAAGAUGUUCCGCGACAACUCGGCGAUGCGGAAACAUCUGCACACGCACGGACCACGGGUGCACGUCUGUGCUGAAUGCGGCAAAGCGUUCGUGGAGAGUUCUAAACUGAAACGCCAUCAGCUAGUUCACACCGGCGAGAAACCUUUUCAGUGCACCUUCGAAGGAUGCGGGAAGCGAUUCUCCUUAGAUUUUAACUUAAGGACGCACGUCCGUAUCCACACGGGCGACCGGCCGUACGUGUGUCCGUUCGACGGCUGCAACAAGAAGUUCGCGCAGAGCACCAACCUCAAGUCGCAUAUACUCACCCAUGCUAAGGCCAAAUCAAGAAAUUCCCUAUCCCGUAACGGUGGCAAUUCAUACGAAUCAGCGAGAACCACACCACAAUACGUCCAACUUGAAAUGUCACCCGACGACUCUAACCCACAACUAAUAUUCUACACGCACGAGUGAAGCAAGACAAGACUCUUGAACCAAGCAAGACUCUUGAACCAAGCAAGACUCUUGAAUCAAGCAAGACUCGUGAACUGUGACGCAAGAAUCGCUCAAAAGUGAUAAAAGUGAUGCUUAAAUGUAAAAAACAGUGUUUCUAAGUGAUUUAAACAGACACUAGUUAAAGUGCUGUGUUAGAUAUGAAGCAAGAAAUUUGAAUAAAGCAAGACUGUUGAACAGACUUGUUCGUGAUCAAGUGUACGUAUAUUAUGUUCUUUUUUUUUCUAUUUUAGAAACUGCUUUGGAGUAAACCAAAGGUAUUUUAUGUUAAAUAUUAAUUUUUAGUUUGGCAACACUUGUUUUUAAAGUUGUUUACUAACAAAAUUAAUUAGCAGCACCUUCUUUUUAAGUUUUGCACUAUUUGCUACUUUUUAAAAUGAAGUAAAUUUUCUGUAUAUGGUCACAGCUGAGAAUGUUGAUUAUUGUAAAGUAUACAUAUCAAAGAAAUUUAAAAAUUAAAAUAAGACUAAUUUUGGAUCAAUUAAAGAAAUAAAUCUCUAGCAUUUUCUGUAAAUUUUAUGUUUCUCUAUUACGUAAAUACGACAAAAAAUUUUGUGAUGAUUUUCCUGUUAAGCUGUUUAACUAGCUAUUUUAUGAUGCAAGAAUGAAACUAUAGUGUUGGGUUAUAGUUAUUUUGAAAUAUGAAACAAGAAUUUUGAAAAAGCUCUGUAAUCUGACGCCCAUCCUCCGAGCCUUUUUCCCAAACUACGUUAGGGUCGGCUUCCAGUCUAACCGGAUGUAGCUGAGUACCAGUGCUUUACAAGGAGCGACUGCCCUAUCUGACGCCCAAUGUAAUAUAAUUAAAAAAAAAGAAAAAUUCUAAGCUGUGACUAGAAAACUGCAUUGAAGAACAAUAAUAUUAAACAUUCACAUGGUCUUACUGCAAAAACUUAAACAUGUGUCAAACACUUGUCUAAAAAAAGUAUGGCUGCAAAAUGGACCUUAUUUCAACGUCAUAAUUUCAUCAUAAAUUUUUUUAGAAAAGUGUUAAACUGAUGUUUAGUUUUUGUGGCAAGACGGAUUAUUUCUAUCUUUAUUUUAUUCUAAUGACUUGGCGUGAAAAGUUAAUCGCGAAUAUAAUAUCUCUUUUUAAGAAAAUCCUCCUUUUUUAUUAAAAACAAUAUACAUAUAUAUAGUUUGACCAGUAAUUAGUGACCUAUACUUGAAAACGUGAUUCUACUCACAAGAAUCGGUCACAAAUUAUCUGUCAUCCUAAAUAUUUAAAAAGAGGUUUUUCCAAAAUAGAGAUGUCAAUUUGUAAAUUUUGUACCAUAUAAAUGCCAAAAAAUAAUAUUGUAAUAUAAUUUUUAAAUUAAAUUAGAGGGGAGUUCAUAUGUUAGUAUAUUAUGAUACUUUAAUUACUUAAUGAAAAAUACAUAUAUCGGGUGUGUCGUUCAUUAUCACAUUAAAUGAAAUGCGUUAAUAUACUGGUUAAUUUAUGUCGAUUAACAUAAAGAUAAAAGAAAAAUACGUAAAAAUAAAAAAAUGUUUUUUUCAAACAAAGUAAAUGGAAUAAAAAUGUGCAAAAAUUAGAACACCAUAUAAAAGUCAGUCAUUACAAACAACUGAAAUUCUCCCUUGAAAACUGACAGCUGUCAACUGAUCAAAACAUACGAUACUCCUAACUUUAUCUCUGCUCUGCUUUACACAUGAUGUUGUAAAUUAUAAAAACGAAAAAUGACUCCUGUGGUUAAACCACUGAAUGAAUCAGGUUAUUUUUUUUACAAUUCGCCAUAGAAUAUCAUAAACUAUAUGCGAUAUGAUUUAAUGUGAUUGUGAACGACACACCCGAUAUAGAAGUCAUGUUUCGGUAUAUCAUCAUCAUCAUCAUCUGCCUAGCCUUUUCCCAACCAUGUUGGGGUUGGAUUCCAGUAUAUACUUAUGUAUAUGACAUUUUGAUUCUGAACUUCAAAUAUUCUACAAAGCACUUUAUUAUUUAUUCUCGUAAAUGCACUGCUAUUUAGAUAUUUCUAUUGAAAAUAACAUGAAAGUCAAAAUGACUAGCGGAGAUGUCAUAACGCAAAAUCUCCUAAGAAAGUAGCGCGACAACAUGCGGGUGCGAGGGGGACGAGGAACGUUACUGGCUCCGCCCUUACACGCCUUCUUUUGAACCCGCCCAUUUUUUCCAAGCAACCCAAUUGCAUAAAUAUAUAAAAAAUGCAGACAUCUAAAUUUAGACCUCCUCAUUUUAGGAAGCUGGUUAUUACAUUAAAUUAUUAAUUUAAUUUUUUACCAUGAAAUCACCUAUGGUGUGGUAUUUUGUCUUAUUUAUAUAAGAAAUGUAUGUAUAAUUUACUUAUCACAAAUAGUUACACAAUUUGAUUUUAUAAUUUUCUAAAAACUCUAACCAUGCAUAUGAAUUCCCCUACGAAUGUAUGCACGCAAAAAUAUUAAAUUUUUGGUAUAUAUUUUUGUCAAAAUUACCUUUUAUUAUAUCUCAUUACAGCAAGAUUAGAUAAUUACAUGCUUUUGCUUUCACCAAUGUUUUACUAUUUUUUGUAAAAAUUUGAGUUUUCUUCAAAACAACUGUUGAAAAUUUAACAUGAAAACUCAUUCAUUGUAUGUGUGAGCUCGGGCUUUUUGAUUUAUGGCUUAAAAAAAAUCGAUUUAAUAUUUUUGCUUGCAUACAUUAGAGUAAUAUUAUAAUUUCAUUCUUAUAAGUUAAGGAAUUAAAAAGUCGACGCUUCCUCUUACAGAUUAUAAAUGUAAGCAGUAUUUUUUUUAUAAUCGGAAGUUAAAAAAAAACGUAUUAUAUUUUUUUCUUGUAAUAAAGCCAAUACUUGCUGAAAUUUCCAGCAACCGGAUGAAAAGUGGCCCGUAGCGUCACUUGAUAAAUGGGCUAAAUAACAUGGAAAGAUUUUUUCAGCAACCGGAUGAAAAGUGAUCCAUAGCCUAACUUGAUAAGUGGGCUAUGCUAUCUAAUCUAAAAUAGAAAGAAUUUUAUUAAUCCAACCAGUAGUUUCUGAAAUAGCGAAACUUUCUAGAAAGCAAACUCUUCAACUUUAUAAUAUUAGCAUAGAUUCACUAUGCAUAUUUUAUACUUGUAAGUUGUUUCCGUAAAAAUUACGUAAGUCACUUCUGCAAGAAAUGACUUAAGUAUUACGUUUACAUUUGUGAAAUCGUAUAAACAAAUUACGUGAGUAAAAUUUACAAGUAUAAAAUCAGCCUUACGCUGCCUUGUUAAUCCAAAAGACACAUUUUCCUUGCAAAAUUGACCUUUAUUUCAAUUAGAUUAAAGUUUAUUUUACAAAUUCAAAAUACUGCUUACAACUAUUCUCUGUAAAUGUCUUGUAUAUCUAAGAUUUUUUAAAUAAACGACUGAUGUGAUUGUAUAUAUACUUAUUAUUUUCAUGAUUCUGUAAGUGUAUUGCUGUGUUUGACUGAAAUAGGUCCUUUUAGAUAUAAUAUAGUCGAAAUUUUAUAAAGUGGCUUACGUUUGAAAAAUGUGUAAGCCAUUUUUGUGAGAAUUAAGUGUAAUUUUUCAAUUUUGAAGGUGGAAUUUUUAUUGAUUUGAAAAUUGUAUGUACAGAUCAGAGAUAGUUUACCUUUAGUUUAAGUGUCUAUUCGAAUGGAUGGCAUAGUUAACUGGAGGGAACUAGAUUUUGAUUUUGUGAAAGAUAAUUUAGAAAAAUCUUAGCUGAUACAGGAAAAUUAGCUCUUGAAUGUGUUAAAAUUAGUUAAUUAUUUAAUUUAUGGUUUUCACUAGUUACUGAUGAAGAUCUAUCAGGAAUCUUAUCUGACAGAUAGCAUUAACUAUCAAAUAACUAACUUUAUCGGUAACCAAUGAACUGGGCCUUAAUAUUCUUAUAAAGAAAAUACUUUGUUUUUCAACUAAUCCAGCUUGAAAAUUGUAUAGUUACGCGAACAGUCAAAUGACAGCAAUCACUUGAACGAGUGAGUUGUCCAUUGAGAUGUGACAAACGAAUAAAAUGUAAAUAUUUAUAUAUA